AAUUGAAUUCCCUGAUGUUAUUUAGCUCUCAUGGCGGAUUUUGUGUCUCGCCUCUUAUUAUUGUGUGUUUUCUCUGCGGUUGUUUGGAGCUCUGUACUGGCCGCGCGCAGUGAUGUGAUGGAGCUGAAGGACUUGGAUUUUGACUACAUAGCUGCCGAGCAGGAGACCAUGCUGGUCAAGUUUUAUGCUCCCUGGUGUGGCCACUGUAAGAAACUCGCUCCUGAGUUUGAAUCUGCUGCUACAAGACUUAAAGGCAUCGCAACUUUAGCCAAGGUGGACUGUACGUCAAACACGGAGGUUUGUGGGCGAUUUGGGGUCACCGGAUACCCUACUCUUAAACUAUUUAAGAACGGGGUGGAAACAUCGACCUAUGAUGGUCCUCGUUCAUCAGAUGGAAUCGUGGACCAGGUGAAAAAGCAGGCGGGGCCCGACUCCAUGCUGCUGAACAGUGAAAAAGACCUGGAGGACUUCAUCAGCCACUUUGAUCCUAGCGUGGUCGGAGUGUUCGAGAGCAGCGACAGUCCACAGCUGGUGGAGUUUCUGAAAGGAGCUAACCUGAUGAGGGACAGCUUCCGCUUCGCUCACACCACCGACAUGCAGCUCGGCCUCAAAUACGAGCUCACGUCAGAGGGUGUACUGUUAUUCAGGCCUCCCAGGUUGGCCAGUAAGUUUGAGGACAGCGUGGUACGACACAGAGGCUCGUUUUCCAUCACUGGUUUACGCCGCUUCAUCAGAGACAACAUUUACGGAAUCUGCCCACACCUGACCAAAGAAAAUAAAGAUCAACUGAGGAAGAGAGACCUGCUGACGGCGUAUUAUGACCUGGAUUAUCGACGCAACCCCAAAGGCUCCAAUUACUGGAGAAACAGAGUAUUAAAGGUGGCGUCGCAGUACAAGGAUCAUGGCCUGCACUUCUCAGUGGCUAACCGGCAAGACUUCAUGGACGAGCUUGAAGAAGAGUACGGUCUGGGCACCACGGAAGGGAGCGACAUGCCGUUCGUCACCGUCAGGACUCGAUUAGGACACAAAUACACCAUGCGUGAGGAGUUCACGCGAGAUGGAAAGUCUUUAGAAAGGUUUUUGGAGGAUUAUUUGGCAGGCAGACUGAAGCGUUAUGUAAAAUCAGAGCCUGUACCCACUAACAACAACGGACCAGUCAAGGUGGUCGUCGCAGACACGUUUGAGGAGAUUGUGAACGAUCCAGAGAAGGAUGUACUGAUUGAAUUUUAUGCUCCGUGGUGUGGCCACUGCAAGAAACUCGAACCGAAAUAUACAGAACUCGGACAGGAGCUUUCCACUGAUCCCAGCAUUGUGAUUGCCAAGAUGGACGCCACUGCCAACGAUGUCCCUCAAGGCUAUGAUGUAGAAGGAUUUCCCACGAUAUAUUUUGUUCCUGCUUUGAGGAAGAAUGAACCGAGGCGAUAUGAGGGCGGCCGUGAAGUCAAGGACUUCCUCAGCUUCUUGAAACGGGAAGCGACCAACCCCUUGGUGCUUAAAGGAGUGAAGGAAGAAUUGUGAUGUAUCACGAAUGCGAAGGGGAUGCUGGGAAAUGUGGUUUGUUUCACCCGUCUCAUUUGUCCGGUUGUGCGAUAAUGAAGGUCACACGGGUCCUCCAUAUGUUCAGCCAUACGUAUCGGUUAAGAAAGGUGACGAGAUGAACAUGAGAAGCACCAAAGUGUCGUGUUUCAUAUUCACGAAUCACUUCUCAGGAAGUGUGUAGCAGCCUGGGAAAACCUUUCGUAAAACCAUAACGUUUUUGGGAUUUUUUUCUUACUGGCUUUUCCGAACCGAAAUGAUUUAUAUUAUGCAAGUUUCCUAACUACAGGUAAAGUUAUAAAACAUUUGGGCGGCGUGCUGUUCUAGGAAAAUAAUCAAGAACUGAGACGUGGUCCGAUGUGAAGCCGAAUUACUGCUAACCCCUUAAAUUAGUACAUUAUAAACAACAACAACAACUCUGACAAAUCUCCACCGCAGCUACAUCUUGAUGGAUUUUCCCAGACCGCCACACGAAUACAUUCGAGUUUGCCCUGGAAAACCUUUUGUAGACUGGAUGAACUUUUGGAGGUCCCUGUGGUCUUAUACUGUUCCACUGAUGCUGUUCCCUCACCACCUUGCUGUACUCUUUUACCUCGUCCAUUCAUAAGUCCAUGAGUCACGCCCAUAGACUGCACGUUAGGCCAUAUUGUACAUUUAUUCAUUUCUUUUUUUUUAUAUAUAAAGUGAAUAUUUCUCUGUGAUACUCCUGAUUAAAUGAAUCUGAUUUGAUUAUUUACCUCUGCCUGGCUGUUAUGUUUUACCAGUGCGUGGCCAAGGAGAAAAGAAGGAACAGUAUUCUUCACUUCCUGUCCGUGUAAAGGAAUGACACCGGUUUCACAGUACACACCUGAAGUGCUCUCUUUUAGAUUCUCCCGCUUUACUGAUCUUUUUUUUUUCUUCUUCAUGUACUUAAGGCAGGGCGCACGGUGGCUUAAUGGUUAGCAGGUUCGAUUCCGUCGGGGCCAUGUGUGUGCGGAGUUUGCGUGUUCUCCCCGUGCUGCGGGGGUUUCCUCCGGGUACUCCGGUUUCCUCCUCCAGUCCAAAGACAUGCACGGUAGGCUGAUUGGCAUGUCUAAAGUGUCCGUAGUGUAUGAAUGAGUGUGUAUGUGAUUAUGCCCUGCGAUGGACUGCCACCCUGUCCAGGGUGUACAAGGCGGUGUACCCCACCUUGUGCCUGAUGCCCCCUGGGAUUGGCUCCAGGUUCCCCCGCGACCCUGAAGAAGGAGUAAGCGGUAGAAGAUGGAUGGCUGGAUGUACUUAAGGCGGUUUGUACCUGAUGUACAUAUUAAUAUGUGAUAAAUAAUCAGGUGGAUGAUAGAUAGAUGUUUAAAGCAGUUGGUUUAAGACUUAUGUGAUGUGAUAGUCAUGUGAUUCAGUACUAUGAAGAUUUAUUUCUAAAGGAAAAAAGGCAGUGGGACUAAUAGGUACUAAGCCCAUAUCUUCUUCACACCGUCACUAAAAAGAGGUGUGCAUGUGGUAUCAGACUUUUACAGAUAUCGUCAUCGUUCGUGUAGCGCGUGCUCUUUUGAAUCAGUGCAGUCGUUUUAUAAAUAUCGAAUUUUUACACCCCUACACAUGCAGCAUAUAGUAUGAAUUUUUUUUAAAAAAAGGCAAGGAAUGAGAAAUAAGUGAAAGACUGGGUUAAUAGAAACACACAGACACAAAACUAGAGAUAUACACA